AGCUGUCAUUCCAAUAAGAACAGAAUACUUCCAAGUCUCCAACACCAAUCUUCCAACACUAUGCGGUUCUCCCUAUGUGUGCCAGCUCUUCUAUUGGCGCUAGGUAACGUUGUCGUAGCCGCCACAAAUGAAGCGUGCGUUUGUAAGAAUGGUAAUGGAGUCUCCCAAUAUGAAGCGACGAGAAAUACCUGUCGUGGUUUUUCUGCCGUAUUCCAGACAAGUAUCAAUUUUGAAGGGGGGCACUUCCAAUGUUUCGGAUUGUCUAGAUCUGACCAGGAAGAAUUCAAGCAAAAGUGCGGGAUGCCGAGCAAGUGCGGCCCAAGGGGUAUGGCGGGUCCUGGUCGUUGAGCAUGGCUGGGAGGUCGAUGAUGUGUACAAGAAGAUGAUAUCUAGCCACUCUAUUAAUUAUGAUAUCAUAAUCAUAAUGCUCAUCUGCUUAUAUAAACUGUUCUCUCCACCC